AUGGACAGUAAGCAGUCAGAUGAAGAGAUAGAUGACUCUGAGGAAGAUGAGAAUGAUUCUGCAUUGGAUUCAUCAACCAGCCAUGCAACACAUGAAAUAUUGUAUGAAAAUUUUCCAAAUGAAGAGGAAACCAAUUUAACUGCAUCAACAAAUGAACAUGAGGAAUGGCGCAUCAUGUUACUGGGUGCAAGAGGGUCUGGAAAAAGCUCCACCGGAAACACCGUCCUCAGGUGCAACGCUUUUCAAUCGGACAUGCAGCUGAGCAGAGUCACACAGUUCUGUGAAAGAGCGACUGGAAACAUCAACGGCCGACCCGUGGCCAUAAUCGAAACGCCGGGACUGAACAGAAUCGGCCGUACGGAGAGGGAAGUGACCCGAGAGAUCCUAAAGUCCAUCUCUCUGUAUACUCCGGGACCACAUGUGUUUUUGCUGGUUAUGCCUGUUGGGAACUUAACUAAUGACGACAAAAGCAUGCAUAAACUCAUCGAGAGCAUGUUUGGGGAGAGUGUCUGGAAGUACACCAUCAUUGUGUUCACUCACGGAGACCGACUGGAGGGGAAGGCGGCGAAUGACGUCAUCGCGUGCUCGGACAAGGCGCUCCGCAGUUUCAUCCAUAAGUGCAGCGGUGGGUUCCUGUUCUUCAAUAACAAGGACACGACAAACUAUGAGCCCGUGACAGAACUCUCGAAGAAAGUCGAGACCCUCAUGGCCAUCAAUGGAAAGAGCUGCUACGCUUUGUCUCUUUACCCGGCCUCAGAGAGGAAGAUCAGGAAGAAAAUUGAGAAGAUUUUAGAGAGUAGAAAGGAAUGCAUUGCACAGAAGGAGAGAGAGCUGGUGAUGCACUGCAAAACUGAGCAAGAGUUGGAGAGAAAAAAGCAGGAACUCCGGAGAAUGGAAGAAGAUGAUGCAAGAAAAAAGGCUGAGAAUCCAGCCAAACAAAAAAUGUCUAUCAGUCUAGCCAAACGGCACACAUCAGGCCAAAAGUCUUCCACCUAG